AAUUCAGCGAUACCGUUGGCAGUAUUGAACUCGUUGAUAAGGAUUACAAAUUGAAUGACCCAUCAGAAGUGGUCACUGUCUAUGGGUAUGGCGUGUUGAACAACACCGGACCAUCGAUAUUGAGGCGUUGCGAUGCGAACUAUAUGUCUGAUGUCGAACGAGCCAACACAUUUAAGCCAAGUCAGGUUUUGUACUUAACAACUGGUGAAGCUACGAAUGAUGGCAAAAUUAUUACACCUGGCGAUUCGGGUGGACCAGUCGUUUCAAAAACAAAUGGCAAAAUCGUGGGCAUAACUACGGGUUAUGGCACAACAAGUGGCCGCGGAUCGUUCCUUCCAAUUAAUCUAUUUCUUGAUUUUAUUCAUGACCCAAAGAUUUUGCCGAUGCUAACGAAACUUCCCAACUAG